AUGACGUUCCUUGAAGAGCGAGAUCUGAGCGAUGUGCCGAGUAUCAAGGAGUAUUUUAAGGGGAAGACCAUCUUUAUAACUGGCGGUUCAGGCUUCAUGGGUAAUGUUCUCAUAGAAAAAUUGCUGUUCUCUUGCACGGACUUGGAAAGAAUCUAUUUGCUCCUGAGAGAGAAGAAAGGAGUUAAACCAGAGGAUAGACUCGCAGCGUUCUACGAGAAUGUGUUAUUCGACCGAUUGAAGAGGGAAAAGCCUGGUGUUUUUGAGACCAAAGUCGUUUUUAUUGGAGGCGAUAUCAGUGCACCGGGAUUAGGUAUUUCAGAUGAAGACAGAGCUUUGCUGAUAAACAAUGUAAACAUUGUGUUUCAUGUUGCUGCUAGUGUAAGAUUCGACGACAGCCUAGAUUAUGCAGCGACACUUAACUUACGUGGAACCAAAGAAAUGGUUGAUCUAGCGACUGAAAUGGUUCGUUUGGAAAGUUUCGUUCACGUAUCGACAGGUUACUCGAACAAGAACGACGGGCGCAUAGACGAGAUCAUAUAUCCCCCCCAUGCAGACUGGAGGGACACUAUCAACGUAUGCGAAAACUUCGACAAACGUACUCUAGAGAUACUGACACCCAAAUACCUUGGAAAUUCAGCGAACACCUAUGUUUUUACGAAACAACUGGCCGAGCAUGUAAUUUACGAGCAGAGAGGAAAAUUACCCAUUGUCAUAACCAGGCCUUCGAUUGUUGUAUCAACACAUAGCGAACCAAUAGCUGGCUGGACUGCUAACUUCAACGGACCGGUUGGUUUAUGUAUUGGCAUAGGAAAAGGUCUUGUCCGCACGCUAUACGCUGAGCCGAACUUGACGUCCGAUUUUAUACCAGUUGACUACGCGAUCAGACACUUCAUAGCUGCUGCCUGGAUCAGAGGAACGAAGAAACUAGAAGCAAGCGACGAAAUUCCUGUCUACCACUGCUGUGCUGGCAAUCUUAAGGCGGUCACAACGAGGGAAGUAGCUCAAAUUGGCCGCAACUUUAUUUUCGAUGUUCCUCUGAACGAUAACCUUUGGGGCGUUAGCGAGACCUUAACAUCGAACGUGUUUAUAUACUACUUGUGUGUAAUAUUUAGCCACUUAUUGCCAGCAGUAUUCAUUGAUCUUAUCCUAAGAUUACUUGGGAAAAAACCAAUGUUAGUGAAAAUACAGCGACGCAUCUACAACGUUCAAAUGGCUUUGAAGACUUUUACGCUGCACCAAUGGUCAUUUAUAAAUAGCAAUUUCGUGAAACUACGUUCAGUGAUCAAGGGAGCGGACAGGAACGAGUUCAAUUACCCGAUGGAGGAUGUAGAUGAAGUGGAAUUCUUCAGGAAUAGUACGAUUGGUGCAAGACGAUUCCUUUUGAAGGAAAAGGACGAAGAUUAUCCAAAAGCGAGGAAGCAAAUAAGACUGUGA